AUGUGGACUACGACAGCUGCUAACAUCAGGGAAGCGGUAAGAGAGGUGCUAGGGGUCUCAAAGUGUUACUCUGGCAGACACAAAGGGGACUGGUGGUGGAACGGAGAGGUACAGGGUAAAGUAGAAGCUAAGAAAAUAGCGUAUCUAAAGCUAGUAGAGAGCACAGACGAGGAAGAGAAGAGGACUAACAGGGAGCUGCAUAAGAGAGCGAGGAAGGAGGCGAAGUUAGCGGUUACGGCGGCUAAGACGGCUGCUUUUGGACGCUUGUAUGAAGAUUUGGGGGCAAAAGGGAGGGACAAUAAGUUGUACAGGCUAGCCAGAGUGAGGGAGAGGAAGGCUCGGGACCUGGAUCAAGUGAAGUAUAUCAAAGACGAGGGAGGGAAAGUUUUGGUAGAGGAUGCCCUUAUUAGACGUAGAUGGCAGUCCUACUUUCAUAAACUCCUGAACGAAGAGGGGGACCGGAACAUAGUUUUAGGCGAAUUGGAGCUCUCUAAGAGCCGCCGUGAUUUUAGAUUCUGCAGGCGGGUCAAGGUUGAAGAGGUCGAGGGGGUUAUGCGGAAGAUGAGCAGGGGCAGGGCUACCGGGCCAGAUGAAAUACCGGUAGAAUUUUGGAAGAAUGCGGGUAGGGGAGGCUUAGAGUGGCUUACGCGGUUGUUGAAUGUUAUUUUUAGGACGGCAGAGAUACCUGAAGAGUGGAGAUAG